AUGGCAGCAUCGGUUCUAUCUACACCGGCAGCGUCCGCACUGCCGCUCACUUCUUCAUCGGCCACAACCUUCUCAUCGAAGACAAACUCCACACAAGUAAUUGUCCCGCCAAACCAAGAUAUCUAUACUUUGAAUGAUCUUUUACGAGUCAGAGCAGCCGGUUACACGGCACACGAUCCUAUAGUAGCAUAUCCUUCAUCAGGAACUGACUAUGUAUACUAUACUCCAAACGAGCUGAAUAUUCUCGUGGAGGCUGCAGCCGUUCACUAUGCCCAAACUAUUCCCCAAAGAGUCUCAUCAACUGAUCCUGUCCAAGUGGUAGGGCUAUUAGGCUUAUCAGACUUUGAAUACCUGAUUACGCUGCUUGCCAUCUCUCGGCUGGGACAUACUGUCUUGCUUUUGUCAACACGAAUCGCCGAGGAUGCCUAUGUCAGCCUGCUAGAAAAUACUAAGGCAUCUUUUAUUGUCACUUAUCCCAGCUUUCGAGAGAUGGGGGAGAAUGUCUCAAAGCGAACCAACGUGAUUCAAUUACCGGUGAUCGCACCACAAACCCCCACUUCGCCUGAUGUGCUCUCGGCCUGUCUACCAACAGCAAGCCUGGAUGGCCCGACAGAAAGCAAGAAUAUCACCUGGGUUAUCCAUUCAAGUGGUUCGACUGGCCAUCCGAAGCCCAUUUACCAAACCCAUUCGGGGGCCUUGAAAAAUUAUGCCAAUAACUUCGGCCUUAAGGGAUUCAUAACUUUGCCUUUAUUCCAUGCCCAUGGAAUCAGCUGUCUUUUCAGGGCAAUCCACUCCCAGAAAUUGAUUUAUAUGUACAACGCUAGUUUACCGCUCACAGCCACUUGUCUCCUUACAACCCUGAAAGAGAAUUCGGAGAUUCAGGUACUGUACGCGGUGCCAUAUGCCCUGAAGUUGCUGUCCGAGUCCGAAGAAGGGCUAGAAAGUAUGGCUCGCCUUGAACUUGUCAUGUUCGGUGGAUCCUCUUGUCCAAAACCCAUUGGAGAUACUCUGGUGCAAAAUGGCGUUCGUCUCGUAUCACACUAUGGAACCACCGAGACUGGACAACUGAUGACAUCCUUCCGUGAGCGGUCGGAUUUGGACUGGGAUUAUGUCCGACCAGGCCCAUCUUUGCUUCCAUAUCUCCGCUGGGAGGAGCAGCCCGGAAUGCCGGGAAUCUAUGAGCUAUGUGUAAUGGAGGGAUGGCCUUCGAAAGUGGCCAGUAACCGUCCUGAUAACUCGUACGCCACAAAAGAUCUUUUCGAGAAGCAUCCGAUAACUCCAAAUGCCUGGAGAUAUUAUGCCCGUCUUGAUGAUACCUUGGUCCUAGAAAAUGGAGAGAAGGCCAAUCCUCUUGUGAUCGAGGGUGUUGCUCGCAAGAACCCCAACGUCGGCGAGGCGAUUGCCUUCGGCAGCACGAAACCUCGAGUUGGUCUGUUCCUGAUUCCGUCCGACAAAUGUACAUUCCAAACCGACGAAGAGCUUCUGGAUAAUGUGUUCCCCGAGAUCGAAGCAUGCAAUGCAGAGUCACCUGCUUAUGCAUAUGUGUCUCGUGAUAUGAUUCGUGUCCUGCCUAGGGACGCCGUCUACCGGAAGACAGAUAAAGGAACGGUCAUUAGAUCUGCUUUCUAUAAAGACUUUGCGGACAAUAUCAAUGAGGUUUACGACAGCCUAGACGUGCAGGGUGAACGAGUACUAGAAAGAAACGAGCUCAUUGACUUCCUCCGGGGGUCGCUUCUCGAGAUUGUACCGUCCGUGCAGUCCAGCUCAUUGGGAGAUAGCACCGAUGUUUUCAGCCUAGGAAUCGACAGCCUCCAGUCGAUCCGACUUCGAACUGCCAUUAUCCGUGUAUUGGAUCUAGGAGGUAAGAAACUAUCACAGAACUUCGUCUUCGAAAAUCCGUCUUUGCAAGCGAUGGCAGACCAGAUCACCAGCUUGCGCCUCGGGCAGGGCCUCAAAGAGCAGGGUCCAGUGGAAGAGAGAAUGAAGAAUCUCAUUGAGAAGUAUAGCAGCGGGUUUAAGAUUCAUGUUCCUAUUCCGCGAGAUGAAGAUGGCGAGUACAUCGUACUCACUGGUGCCACCGGAUCCCUGGGGGCUCAUAUCGCUGCUCAGCUAGCGGAAUCAGACCGCGUGAAACGGAUCUACUGUCUCGUCCGAGCCAAAUCAAUAAUUUCUGCUCGCCGACGGGUCGCCCAGAGUCUUCGUAUCCGUGCCUUGAUCUUGUCGCCUGCAGCGGAGCGAAAGAUCAUCGCCCUGUCUUCUGAUCUGGCCAACUCAGAGAACUUGGGUCUCGAUGCUCAAGCUUUCGCGCAAAUCAAGAGGUCAGUCACCACGGUGAUUCACUGUGCUUGGUCCGUCAAUUUCAACUGGGCGCUGGAAAGCUUCGAACAGAGUUGUAUUGCGCCAACUCGAAACCUUCUGGAUCUCUGUUUAAGCGCCGAGGGACUCCAGCCAGCUUCGUUUGCUUUCUGUUCGUCUGUGAGCACAGUUUCUCGAACUCCUGGGAGCUGGGUCCCUGAAGCUCUUCCAGAGUCGCUUUCAUAUGCACAGGGAAUGGGAUAUGCCCAGUCGAAGCUGGUGGCAGAGAAUAUUGUCAAUCGUGCCGCCCGUCAGACUGGAAUGACAGCACGAGUUCUACGAGCAGGGCAGAUUGUCGCCGACACUAUUCACGGUAUCUGGAAUGCCACCGAGGCAAUCCCUAUGAUCUUUCAAACUGCAAAGACUAUCAAGGCUCUGCCUCAGCUAGAUGAUGUGCUUAGCUGGACCCCCGUUGAUGUAAUGGCCCGAAGCAUUGUCGAUCUCAGUCUGGCUCCUACUGCAGGAGAAAUUAUGAAUGUGACCAAUCCUACUUUGAGCCACUGGACCCAUGACCUGUUGCCACGGCUGAAGGAGGCAGGGUUGAACUUCGAGGAACUUCCCAAGCAAACCUGGCUUCAACGACUCCGAGAAUCGAACCAAGACCCGGAGGUCAACCCACCUGUGAAGCUGCUGGAGUUCUUCGCGUCCAAGUAUGAUAAUAACAAUCCUAGUCGAGCCUUGCUCUACGACACCAAAAAGGCGCAAGAAGCAUCUCCCACUCUGGCUAGCGCACAGGGUCUUGACACUGACUUUACGUCGCGAUUUGUGAACUACUUUACCACUCAGUGCUGGGUCAAAGCACCAACCCCAGCCUUGCCCCGUGAGGUCAUCUUCCUCAUCGGACCUUGCGGCUGCGGCAAGAGCACUGCCGGCCAGGCUCUCCAACAACGACUGGCCAUCCCCGUCAUCGAAGGCGAUAACCUGCACUCCCCACUGGCGCGCCAGAAGAUGGCCAGCAACCUUCCCCUGCAGGACUCAGAUCGCUGGGACUGGCUUGCACAUAUCCGUGGGGCCGUGAUGGACCGUCUGCUGCACUCGGAGAUCCCCGCGGUCGCAGUGACCUGCUCGGCACUGCGCACCGUCUAUCGCGAUGAGCUUCGUCGCUUGUCUCAAUUAUUUGACUUCCCUGUCACUGUGACAUUUCUGUUCUUAUCGUCUCAGGACCGAGAGCAAUUGAAACAGCGCAUGGUGGCUCGGUUUGCAACCGAAAAUCACUAUAUGAAGUCCACGAUGGUCGAUUCGCAGCUUGAUCUCCUAGAGGACCCCACUGACGAGCCUGAUGUAUUUGUGUUGGAUUCUAGCCAACCAAGAGAGCAGAUGCUGGACAAUGUGGUGGAUACCGCGCGGGGGAUCUUGAAGGCAUGA